AGCCAUUUUGGCUCAGGCCAUUUUGGCUCAAGUGUCAAGUUGAGACUGUGCUUACACAUGCCGACCAUUUUCCUGUGAUCGCGGCAUCACUGGUCACGGUAAAUCAGGCUAUGAUGGUCUUCGCCACCUUCUUUCGUCAACGCAUACACGUGCGACUGCAGCAUGAUGCAACGUGUGGCGAAAGACACGACAGAUGUAGAGUCCUCCGAGGUGCCCAUGGCGAAGACUUCGGGUUCGAGCAUGCUCGCAGUUGUGAGCGGGAUCGCGAUCCACAGCGUGGGCAACGACGUGAGCCCGACGAGUGCAGAUAAGCACUUUUGUUUUGAAGGGCAGUGCACACCGAAGCAGGACAUAUUGCUUAUCCGCACUUACUUUUGGAGUCAGCCCUGGACGAAGUGGUUCGACCAGUUUUGUUCAGCAACUCAGCACGCAACUGCAGGGCGAUGUUCGGUUCACACGUCAAAGUUUUCAUUCCAUGGCGCGACCCGCUUCAAAUGUUCAGCGCGUUCUACCUGAUGCGGGCUAAGCCACCGGCGGGAUCCAGCACCAUCACCGAUGAUUGGAAUGAAACAGGCUACACUCCGAUCGCCCGGGCACAUUUGCUGUAUAUAUGGGAGGCCAGAUCGGCAGGUACGACAGAGAGCUUUCUGCCGCUGGCCUCGUCCAAAAACCAGGACCCCCCCCCCCGGGAAC